AUGUACCAUGAAUUGAUCCUCACUGUCAAAGAGUACAUGUCGACCGUCACAGCAGUGGGUCCACACAACUCAGCGGCGUCUUCUACUCUGUCAAAGAAGAAGACUACUCGCAACGUGAAUACCGUGUCACAGAACAAGAAUUCAACUGUCACAUGGAAAUCGAAGCGCAGAUCACCGCAGGCCGCGCGCGCUGCCGUGGAAAAACAACACGAACAAGAGCACAACAAUCUAUCGCGACAGAAGCGAGAAGUUGAAGUGGGAUCAUCCGUGGUGCGACGGCCUGCUGUCACCGGUCCUUGA